AUGUUUUCUCACUCCAUCUCUGCUUCCUCUCCUUCAUCAUUCCAUGAGGCAACAGCACGAGUUCUGCCCAACGAAAAAGCUCCAGUGAUAGACAAUGCUGAUUGGAUCCAUGCUCAACCUCUCAUCGGAUCGUAUGGACAUCGUUCCAAACAUACCUCCGUCUCAUUCACAAAUGCCAGAAAUGAGCCAUGUAUUCUCAUCUUUGGGGGACAAUCCGAUUCCACUCAUUCGUCAUCAUCAACCAGUACCACUUCAAAUUCCAGUAAUCAUCAUCUCUCUGGAAGCAACAACAACCAUCAUCAUUCAGUGGGAGGUGGUGACGUAUUCAUGUAUGUGAUCAAACGAUUGCAAGACAAUGGUGAAUGGCACUGCUACUCUCCACCAGUGAAAAAUCCUACCAAUGCACCACCUCGAGUGAGAGGUCAUUCGGCCGUUUACUUUGAAGGAAGAAUGAUUGUGUUUGGAGGAAAGAAUAAUUUCAGAUAUUUUGAUCAACUUUUCUCUCUAAACUGUUCCACUUGGGAAUGGAGUCACAUCAUUUCUCUUCAACGAUUCAGUACGACACGAUUCAUCACGAAUGGACAAAGUAAUAAGAAAAAUCGCUCAGCAUCCUCCUCUCUUCACAACAACAGUACCACUCCACAGAAUUCUUCGUCCUCCUCCUCUGUCGUAGGUCGUACCAUUCGUGAACAAAUUAGUUUCGAGUCCAUGAUCAAACUUCCAUGUAAGAGAAGUAACCAUACAGCAGUGGUCCUUCCAAAAUAUCGUAAAAUGAUUGUCUAUGGAGGACGAUCGUAUGGAGAGACACUUGGAGAUUUGUGGGCCUUUGAUUUGGAGGAAUAUCAAUGGGAUAAUAUUCAAAUGGAUCCUCAUAAAUCGCUCAUUCCCUCUGAACGUCAUUCACACAGUGCCACAGCGUUGCAGGAAAAUCCCAAUGUCAUGAUCAUUUAUGGAGGUAAUAAUGGUAGUUCACAAUUGAAUGAUUUGUGGAUGUUUGAUUAUUCGGCAACUGUUUUUACACCCAUUACCAUGUGGAAUAGUGUAUUAAGCAAUCCUUCAUUGUCAUUCAAAACGAGCGAUCCAGGUGCAACAAAUGCCAUUCAAGUUGCAAAUUCAAUACUCCUUGGAAAGAAGGCCUCCAAUUCAGAUUCGAAGAAUUUAUUGAUACCCACUCCAAGAGAAAGUCAUCAAUUAAUUUCUUUAGGAAAAGGUUACUUAAUGGUUCAUGGAGGUUAUUCCAAGAAGAGGUUCAUUAAGGAUUUUAAUAUUAUUGAUCUUCAACGAAUGGAAUAUAUUGACUGCACUUCUAUUCCAAGAAAGAAGAUUCCAUGUUCAAGAAAAUGUCACACUCUCAAUAACAUUUCAGAGGAGUAUAUUAGCAUGGUAGGAGGAGUCUCUAGAAAAAGAGGAAAACUCGAUGAUUUUAAUUUAAUUGACAAGGAAAUGUUGAAAAGUUUCAUUCUCACCGAUGGAGACGCUUCUUUAGUUGAAGAAUUGAAAACUGUUCUCGAAAAGAAGUAUAACAUUCAUCUCGAAUCUUCACCUGAUGCUUCAUCCAUUAGAAACUCCAUUUCAAUCACCCAUUUAGAAAGCAACAAUCAUGACAAACGAAAAUCAGUCAGAAUUUCUCAAAGUCUCAGCAAAGACUCUCUUUUAGAAAUUGGUUCCAUCUUGUUAACAUUGAGAGAAUACCACAAAGCCAUAUCCUAUUUCACACUAGUUCUUCAAAUCGAUCCCAACAACAAGAUGGCUUUCGAAAAGAGAGGAAUUUGUCACUUCAUGACCGAAGACAUUUUGGCGAGUAUUCAAGAUUUUUCUGAAUGCAACUCACCUGAAUCACAAAUUUUAAAGGCCUACGCUUUCUUACGAAUUGGAAAAUAUCGAGAGGCCUCCAAUGUCAUGCACAUGCUCAAAAAUAGCUAUUCAGGCUCACAAUUACCAGUACUCGUUGAAGUGAUCAAACAAUUAUUGGACUCGUAUGAAAGUUCAAUAGAGAGCAAAAACAAGAGCUCUACGCAACGUGAGUUACGUGCCUCUCGAGCUUAUUUUGCUACCAAUAUUGAUGAUUAUGUUUUUGAGCCUCAAUCGGGCCGAUAUGUGGACCUUGAAAGUGAAAACAAGCCUAGCGAAGAGGGUCAUGUGAAUUUCUCGAUUGCAGAGCCUUAUUCUUUACUAUUUAUUGGACAGCAUGAGUGCGGAAUGACUUCAUAUUUGCAACAAAUUAGGUCCAUGUUCCGACAAAGUAUUAGCAUCAAGGAAGCGAAAGUAUUCAAACCGAAAAUUCAAAAUUAUACCAUUGGUUUGUAUCAUCAAUGGAUGAGUUUUAAAAAAGUUUUGGAAGCAUUUGAUAAGGACGCAUGUCCCAUUCAAGUAUCACAAGAUUUGGAAAAACUUUCGAACCAAGUUUUUGACUAUUUGGAAAUGAACAAAUCCGACAAGGAUGGAUUAUCCAUUUAUCCAAUUGCAAAAGUUCAAAAAUUAGUCAUGCAAUUGGGUUCCAAUCGAGAAUUUCAAAAGAUUUGCUCCAACUUUGCAUCUCUGUACGAAAUAUUGAAAACCAAAUAUUACUUUUGUUCACUCCAAGAAGAAAUUCACAAACUCUUCCACAAUGCCAAUGUACCAUACUUCUUCAAGGAAACGAACAGAAUUCUCUCCACAGACUAUCUACCCACAGAUAUGGAUAUUAUUUCUUUCCCAAUCAAGUAUCACUUUUGUCCUCUUAAUCUCAUUGCAUGUGAAAAAAAGAGUUAUGAAGAAUCAUUGGAUUUGAAUGCAACAAAUUCUCCUCUCCCAGCAAUGAAUCAUUCCGAAGAAAAUUUAGUAUCAACAGCAAGUAGCCCUUCUCCAACUCGUCUUGAAAUGAAUGACACCACCACCAUCAACACUAAUGGUCACCCAACGAGAGAUUUGAUUUCAUUCGAUGACGACAAGAUUCUCCCUUCCACUCAAAAUGUGAAACAAGUCAUUGGAGAUUUCACAAAGACAAUCUUUUCGAAUAUCAUUGAACAACAUCAAGACAAUAACGAUAACAACAGCGAUAAGGAUCGUAGUACUCAUGUUCAUCAUGAUCAUACAAUUCAACCAUUGGAUCAAAUGAGAGGAAGUGUCGUUGAAAGAAAUGAUCAUUUCUUGGACUCGCACCAAGACAUUCCAUCUUGUUUCAAACCUCCAUACAGUGAUGACAUGUUUAUAGGAGAUAUUUCCAUCUAUAAGGAUAGUAUGGAUAGUUUAGAUUUAAAUGUUGAACAAUCUCCUCUUGAAUUUAUCUUUAAAAGAACACCUUAUACUAUCUUUUCAACGACAGCUUGCAGUGAUGAAGAAAAAGUCACGAGUGCCAUUCGAGAGUUGAGUAUUGAUUCCAUUGCUGUCAUCACCUCAUUACAUGAUGUGGAUCGAAAAGUACAAAGCUCUCAUCAGCAAAUUCCGGUUUAUUCCUUUAUGAAUGGUCAGGUGAUGGCCGAUGGAAAAUCAGCCUCUUCUAUUGUGAACACUCUACGAAUGUGUGAAAAGUUACUGAAUCAAGAAGCAUUUGGAGACACACAAAUUAUUUUCAUAUUCACUCAUCAUGAUGUAUUUGUUCGAAAGGCUGCACAAGAUCCAAAUCUUCUCAAAAACGUGUUCCCUACUUAUCAAGCAAGUACCAAAAAGUCACCUCAAAAGUACCUUGAGGAAAUGUUCGAAAUAUUCAAUGACAAGUAUCGAAAGAGAAGAAGAUUUCACUUCUCAUUCGUGAACACCCUUGAUAAGGAUGAUGUCAAACGUUCAUUUAAAACCAUUCACGAAAUUGUUCAUAGUGUUGAAUUGAAGAGACAAUUAGAAACAUACAAGAUGUUGUAA